AUGGUCAAGUUCUACCUCAAAGCCCAGGCUGAGCUAUCAAAUGUUACAAAUUUAAAGCCUGUUGACACUCCGGACAGUCCCUUUGAAUACACUUUCCGAAUCGAAUGCACCAAAUGUAGAGAGAUUCACGGAAAGCCAGUAACUAUCAAUCGUUUUGAGCAACACGACAUCAGUGGCUCCAAGGGCGAAGCAAGCUUUGUUUUUAGAUGCAAGUCUUGUAGAAACGAGCAUUCUGCACAAAUCUCCAGAACUGUCGAAUCACUCUCACCUGAAAAUGCUGGAAAAUGGGUCAAUUUGUUGGAGAUUGACGCUCGUGGAGCUGAUUUCAUCGAUUUCAUACCCGAAGGAAGAUGGGUUUGCGAGGCUCUAAAUUCCACAUCUAUCUUCGACGAAGUGGAUCUCGAAGACGGCGAAUGGUAUGAUUACGAUGAUAAUAAGGGACAAGAGGUGAGCGUCACAGACUUCAAGUGGGAGAUUUCGAGGUGA